GGGAGCACUAAAAAUUCUUGCAAUCCUCUAAAAUAAGAAUUGAAAGGAACUAACGAGCUUUACUUUGCUAUCCGGUUUCUGCUGCAACUCCUUUGUUUCUUCCAAGUUUUAGCAUAUGGGUCAGCUCCAUUUUUUCUUCUUUCCACUGAUGGCUCAUGGCCACAUGAUUCCUAUACUGGACAUGGCCAAGCUCGUCGCUUCUCGUGGUGUUAAGGUCACCAUAAUCACCACUCCUCUCAAUGAAUCCGUUUUCUCUAAAGCUAUUCAAAGAAACAAGCAAGUCGCAAAUGAAAUUGACAUCCGUUUGAUCAAAUUCCAAGCUGUUGAAAAUGGCUUGCCUGAAGGAUGUGAGCGCCUUGAACUCGUACCUUCAGAUGACUUGCUAAACAACUUCCUCAUGGCCACAACUUUGAUGCAAGAACCACUAGAGCAGCUUAUUCAAGAAUGCCGCCCCAGUUGUCUUGUUUCUGAUAUGUUCCUUCCUUGGACAACUGAUACUGCUGCCAAAUUUAACAUUCCAAGAUUGGUUUUUCAUGGCACAAGUUACUUUGCACUUUGUGUCACUGAUAGCAUCAGGCGUUAUAAGCCUUUCAAGAAUGCUUCCUCUGAUUCUGAUGCUUUUGUUGUACCGAAUUUGCCACACCAAAUCAAGCUGACCAGAACACAAAUGUCCCCGUUUGAUCGAAUUGAGGAAGAGAAAAAAAUGUCCCCGGUGAUAAAAGAAGUCAGGGAGUCGGGUUUAAAGGGCUAUGGAGUUAUCUUCAAUAGCUUCUAUGAGCUUGAAACAGAUUAUGCUGAAUAUUACACCAAUGUUCUAAGUAUAAAGACCUGGGCUAUUGGCCCACUCUCGCUGUGCAACCGGGACAUUGAAGAUAAAGCUGAAAGAGGGAAGAAAUCCUCUAUUGAUAAACACGAGUGCAUGAAAUGGCUUGAUUUGAAGAAACCGAGUUCCAUUGUUUACAUUUGUUUCGGAAGUGUAGCAAUUUUCACUGCUUCACAAAUGCAAGAACUCGCCAUGGGAAUUGAAGCUUCUGGACAAGAAUUCAUUUGGGUUGUUAGAACAGACAACGAAGAGUUGCUGCCUGACGGAUUCGAGGAAAGGACAAAAGAAAAAGGAUUAAUCAUAAGAGGAUGGGCACCACAAGUCCUAAUUCUUGAGCACGAAGCUGUGGGAGCUUUUGUUACUCAUUGUGGUUGGAAUUCGACCCUUGAAGGAAUAUCAGCAGGGGUUCCAAUGGUGACAUGGCCGGUGUUUGGAGAGCAAUUCUUCAACGAAAAGUUGGUGACUGAGGUUUUGAGAACUGGGGUUGGCGUUGGUUCGGUGCAAUGGAAGAGAAUAGCUAGCGAGGGAGUGAAAAAAGAAGCAAUAGCUAAAGCAAUAAAGAAAGUCAUGGUGGGUGAAGAAGCAAAGGGAUUCAGAAGCAGAGCUAAAGCGUACAAGGAAACAGCAAGGCAGGCUGUUGAAGAAGGGGGGUCAUCUUACUCCGGUUUGACUACUUUGCUGCAAGAUAUAAGUACAUGUAGUUCUACAAGUCAUUAAGUAACGAUUUAUUCCUAUCACUCCACUAGUAGAAGUCUAAAAAGAGAUGAGAGCUAAAAAAGAACGCAUGUAUAGGAUGUACAUCAUCUUUGUAUUUGUUAGUUAACUCUCUAUAUGUUUAUUUCGUCGUUAUUUCUUA